CAGCGCAUGCGCAUAUAUGGUGGGCGUGGCUAAAACCAACACCUAAAAGCUCUCUCGCGAUGCCUCGUUUCGGCUCUCUUUACCCGUUCGUGUUUGGAGCCACACUGGUCGUUCUCGCUAUCGCCUUCCACGGGAGACGGAAGUUGUUUCCAGAGGUGUUCGAAGAGCAGAGGCGAUUGGCGAUCGAGGGACGACGUCGAGCCCAGGAAGUCCAGACGGCAGUGGCUGAAAGCGUGCAGAAAGGGAAAAAGGACACGAAAUCAAACUAAUUCUGCAUAAGCUGAAAAGCUAGUUAGCGUAAUAGAUAACUAGUAAUGGCGGCAAACAGAGCUAAGCUGUCUCUCAGACGUAAGAACAAGGAGCCAUCGGCAACCCAGCCACCAGAGACCACAGCAACACAACUCCCUACCACUCUUACAUCAGGGGGUGUGGCUGUCGAGCAAAUGGGCAGAGUUCCAGGGCCUCCUGACAGACGGGGGCAUGAAGAAGGUGAGGGAAAAGACGACUCUGAGGAUUUCCGACCUACACCCAGCACCAGAGGAGCAGCAGUUGGGGAAAAAAGGAGGCUACCACAAAACGAAACUGGCGGGUACCUUGACACGGUGUCCCAAGACCAGUUGCAGCUGGCCCUGGCAAUGUCUGCGUCUCUCGCUCCUCCCUCCACCCUCCAGAGCGGGGUGCUGGCUGGUCCACGGGAGAAGAAGAGAGCGAGACACAGGAAGGGAAGACCCAGUGAACGAGAUGCACUCCCAACUAAUGUCAUUACAACGUCGGCGACAGAGAAACAGAGAAUCUUAGCUCAGAGAGCCAGUGUAAUUGUACAUGAGGUAUGUUCAGUGGAACCCAGACACCGAAAGGGUCCGUGUUAGUGAGGUGUCUUUAUUUCAUGGGUUGCAUGCAAGAUAGGUGUCCUCAUUUUAGGGUGUCCUUAGAAAGGAGUUUCUAUGUGCGCUAUUACGUGAAGAGAAUCUAAUGUUGACUCCAGGCACGGCUGGCUGGGAAGACAGCUCCUCAGAGUGGACCAGCUCUGCUCCACAACCCCAGUCAACUGGGGCAGAGGGUGAGAGAGGAGAGCUCAGACAGGAGCUCCACUCUCUGGGAAAUGGCUGGGUACAGUGAGAAGGACACUCACAGCAAGUUCCUGGUCUCAGCUCUGGACCUGCCAGACUCUGACAAUCCCUCGUCUCCCUCCCCGCAGCCCUCCCCAGCCUCACACCCUCCCCAAACUCCCUCUCCUCCUCCACAACCCUCACAUCCUCACAUUUAUCACUCCCCUAAACGCUCCCCUUCUUCUUCACAAACCCGUGUCUCCUCACACUCUCCUCAGCACUCACAUCUUCACACGUUCCACUCCUCACCGCCAGCACCCUCCACACAUUCCCACCCCUCCCCUCGUCCCCCCUCCCUCCCCAGAGAUGUCCAAACUCUCCUGUCAGACCUCUCGUCUCUCGUUGGCUCUCAGCUAUGCAGCGAUGUGGUAAUCACCGUGGAAGAUGGGAGGGGCAUCCCCGCCCAUUCUGCAAUUCUCGCCUGUCGUUGUCCCAUGCUGGCUGAGAGGUUGUUUCAUAGUCUUGACAAGCCAGUUCGUCUCGACUUCAGGCAGUACAGCAGAGCCACCGUGGUCUCGUUCCUGCGCUACCUCUACACUGGCACCAUUCCAAGUGGCCAGAAUGGAACCAAGUCAGUCAAACUCCUGGCCAUGAGUCUUGGAAUGCUGGAGCCAUUGGAAGAGAGUGAAGAACGGCAUCCACUGGUACAUACUCACGCGGGCGACGGUGGACAGGGGGUUAAACUAACUCAACCUUCUUCCCUCUCCGUACCACAUGCAAGUCUCGGAGCUGGCUCCGCCCCCUACCAACCAGUCAGCUCCCGAAUACAACCUUUGACCCCAGCCAUGUUCACCCCUCACAGCUCUCCCUCGAUGAUUAUUACAAGAGAAACCACACCCCCUCCAUGGGAAGCUCCGCCCAUUCUGGAAACUGCACCCCCUCCAUGUGAAGCUCUGCCUACUAUAAGAAAUGAAUCCAAUCGCCAAGCUUCAGUGGAUGUACAAAUGUCCCCUGUAGAAGAUGUGAUUAGUGUGGCUAGCAGUCCCCCUGAACUCUCACCUCCUCACCAAUCCACCUCUUCACCUCAUCACCGAUUCCCAGUGCACACAUUGUCUCCCUCUCCUCGCCAUUUUCCAGUGCACACACCCUCUCCCCCUCCCCACCAAUCACACUCUUCCCCACCAUCACAAAGGGAAGAUCAACUAUCCUCACCUCUGCCUCUCCGAAAGAGAAUAUUCAGACCACACCCCCUAGUGGGUGUGGCCUCUGUGCCCCCCACUGAAACAGUACAAGGCCCCUCCGACCCUGGAUCACAUGAUAAAUCACAUGAAAAACUUACUGGAUCACAUGACCAACUGACUGGAUCACAAGACCAACCAACUGGAUCACAUGACAAGACCUCCCAGCCUGUACAGUUUGUCACUCCGGGGCCAACGGGGCAGAGACUGGUACCAGAAUCAGACACGGAGAUAACCCCGAUGCCAGACUUCUCCAACAUGGCCACGCCUCACCUGAAGGGAGAGUGCUCAAAGUUUGGAGUGAGGGCUCUGCCAAAGAAGAAGAUGAUUGCUAAAUUGACUGAAAUCUAUGACUACACUCAUCCUCUGACAGAUGAAGAUGGAAAUGUGGUAGAUUCUGCAUUGGUGGCAGCAGAAAAAGCCAGCGAGGGAAAGAAAAAAGAGGGAGCGAAGGGACGAGGGAAGAAGAAAGUCCCAGGAGCAUCAUCCGAGAAGCCCAGUCUGGAGGAGCUGGCAGCCAAGGUCAAAGGGGUCAUCACUAAAGAUACCAAGCUCUACGAAGACAUGCUGAUGUACAAACCUCUAGAGCUGACCUACAUUCAGAGUCGACUCAAGGCAGCUGCUCUGUCUAUCAGCAGAGACUCUCUCAUGGAUGUUCUGGACCACCUGUGUAUCACCUUCUCUGUUCCCAGGCAGAACCAGCAGCACAAGGCUGCCUAACAGUGUAUUAUACGCCAGUUUAAAAAAUGCUUCCUAACACCCCAGUUUUUUUUGUUCAAGAGAUAUUUUUACGUUAAAAUAUUUUGGUACCGCGCGCACGCGCUACGUCGCUGCCACGGCGACCUUUGACCUGCACGUGGAUAAUUCUGGAAGGAGCUCCAUUUCUUCUGAGCGCCGUGUCUAUGGACCCAAGCAAAGUAGCGCAGCUGAGAGAGUUCGUGAGCCUCUGUCAGGCUCGUCCGGCUAUCAUCCACUUGCCCGAGCUCGCGUUCUUCAAGGAGUGGCUCCUCACUCUAUCGGCGGAGCUACCUCCCGCACCGUCCACUGAGCCUGAGCCUCAGCCUCAGAGCAUGGCGGACGAAGACAGGGAGCCUCCCUCUCCCCCCAGCUCGGACGAUGAGGAAACACCUCCAAAGAAAGCCGAACCCCCUCCCCAGACCAAGGAGCCGUCGCCGAAAGAGGAAUCAGAGGAGAGUGACCUAGAGAUGGAUACGGAGGGAACUGUUCCGCCUGACAACGAUCCACCACAGCCUAUGGGAGACCCCAGCACUGAGGUGAGUGAAGAGAUGGAGGAUAAGGCCAGGGAGCUGAGGGGCCAGGCCAUGAUGGCAUCAGCUGAGGGAGAAUUUCAGAAAGCCGUGGAGCUGUUCACAUCAGCCAUCCAAUCUAACCCCAAGAGUGCUCUUCUCUAUGCCAAGAGAGCAAGUCAGUACGUGAAGCUCCAUAAACCAAACGCAGCUAUCAGGGACUGCGAUGAAGCUAUCAAAAUGAACCCAGACUCUGCGCAGGGAUACAAGUGGCGGGGGAAGGCCCACUGCCUCCUGGGGAACUGGGAGCCUGCCGCUAAAGAUCUCCAGAUGUCGUGCCGGCUGGACUACGAUGAUGACGCUAAUGCAGCUCUGAAAGAUAUCAAAUCAAAGGUGGAGAAGAUUCGAGAGCAUAAGUUGAAGAAGGAGAGGAAGCAGAGAGAGAAAGAAGCUAAGGACAAGAUUCGCAGACGACGGGAGGCCAUGGAAAGAGCGAGGGAAGAGGAGGAGAAACAGAAAGAGGAGGCCAAGAAAGCGAGAGAAAUGCCAGGAAUGGAUGGAAUGCCAGGAAUGGGUGGAAUGCCAGGAAUGGGUGGAAUGCCAGGAAUGCCUGGAAUGCCUGGAAUGGGAGGAAAAGGAGGUAUGGGUGGAGCCGCGCAAGCUGAGAUGAACCAGAUUUUCUCAGAUCCUGAACUGCUGCAGAUGAUGCAGGACCCUGAGGUGACUGCUGCCUUCAUGGACGUCCAGAAGAACCCGGAGAACGUCAAGAAGUACGAGGGCAAUCCAAAGGUGAAGAAAGUGAUGGAGAAACUGUCAGCAACACUCGGAAUGGGUGGGAUGGGCGGGGCUCCCUCUGGAAUGGGCGGAGCAGGUCAGGGGUCGUCUGCCCACCCACCUCCGGCGGCAUCCACCAGUUCUUCUGCCAAGCCUUCGCCAUCUGGUGCUGCAGCUGAUAUGGACCUUGACUGAUUUGAUGCCUGACUACAGAGUUGAAAAACUGCUUUAUCACAGAGCUGUAUUACUACUGCCAUAAAAGAACAACUCUGAACAGAAUAGAUAAUUGAGUGGCCCCUUCUAUAUUGUCGUUGAUUGUGUGCAUUAAAAAUCAAUUUUUGCUGAAGUG